GCUGCUGCCAUUAAUUCAAUUCAGCACGCUUCAGCUUAAAAACUUUCACACUCCUCAUCUACCACCCCAAUUGUAUCCUCUCCACACACGUACUUCAUCAUGUACUCAAGACAGGCCAUCCAGAACGCGCGCUUCGCAGCUCGCUGCGCGAGCCGGCCUGCCGCCCACGUCAAGCCUCAAUUCCGCGCACAGAAGCCUCGCUUCCAGUCAACAGAGUCAGUAGCAUCUGGCAACUCUGGUGCUGGGUCACACGCUGCCAUUGGCGCCCUCAGCGGUGCCGCUGCUGCGGUUACCGUGGGAUACAUCUUCUACAGACAGUCUGGCGCUCGUGACCUCGUAGCAGCUUCCCAGCAGACCAAGAGCUACAUCAACUCUACUACACAGAAGAUUAAGGAGAACACACCCGAGCCUAACGAGGCCCUUGAGUGGCUGCGCAACGCCGCUCAGAGUUACGCUGCCUUCAUCCCUGGCGCUAAGGGGUACGUCGACUCCGCCUUCAACGACCUCGAUGCCGUUCGUGCCAAGCACGGUGACGAGGUAGACUCCAUCGUCAAGGAGGCAUAUGGCGAGCUACGCGAUGUGCUCAAAGGAGGCGACAUCAGCGUCUUCACUGCUCAACAGGCAUGGCAGGUCCUCGUCAAGCAUCUCGGCCGCAUCGCCGACCUGUCUGGUGAUGCUGCCCAGCAGAUCAUGGAUAACCACCCCAAGCUGAAGGAGAAGGUUGGCGGCAACCUAGACACCCUGAAGCAGCUCGGUGACCAGUACGGCCCCGAGGCAAAGAAGGAGGUGGACAGGACAUGGCAGCAGAUCAGCGACAUCAUCAAGACUGGCGUCAGCCCCGCCAAUAUUGAGAAGAUCAAGAGUGUCGUUCAGGAGAAGGUCGAGAAGCUCAAGGAGCUCGGUGAUAAAGCAUGGGACAAAGGCAUGGAGCAGGCCAAGCCCUACCUCGAGAAGAAUCCCCAAAUCAAGAAGCUGGUCGAGGAGAACAAGGAUGCCCUCAAGUCCGGAAAUGUGCAAGAGCUGUACGAGAAGGUCAAGACAGCCGUCGAGAAGGGCGACACUGGCGAUCUGGAGAAGUACGUCAAGGAUGCUGCCGGUCAGGCCAAGGACAAGGCGCAGCAGUCUGGUAUCGAUGUCGAUAGCAUACAGAAGUAUGCUGAGCAGUACAUGAACAAGAUUCCCGGCGGCGACCAGAUCAUGCCCAAACUGCAACAGCUGCAGGAGGCGGCGUCGAAGCACGGCGAUGAGGCACAGAAGAUCUUCAAGGAUGCCGUUUCCGAGGUCACACAGGUGCUGAAGAAGCACGGUGACAAGGCACAGAGCCUGGCCAAGGAGGCUAAGGAAGACACCAAGAAAUAAGCUCUUCGGCUUCUUUCACUCUUGCCCUACUUUAUUUGCAUGCGAGGAGUAAUGACGACAUGAUAUCAUCUGUAUAAUAAUGUAGUGCACAGCGCACAAUAA